GCGAGGUCAAAGUGUCGAGGGGCUGUCCCUCGCCCACGCCGGCGAAGCUUUGACUCUUCUUCUGGUGUGGGUUUUAUCAAAUUUAUACUUAUAUAUGCUCCGAUCUCAAUCUCCGAAUUUCUCCUCCAUUUCCGGUGAGAGAAGAGCGAAAGCCGAGAUUUGCAGCCAUGGAAGCCAGACUCUCCGCCGCUCUCGGCCUUCCCUCGCCGGAUCCCCUUUGCUGCUAUCCUUCUCCUUCCGAAUUCCCCACUCUUUUCUCUCACUUCAAUUCACUUCUAUCGCCUCCCAACUCCGCCGUCCAUGCCGGAACUAGAGCCUCCAAAGAUCGGAAUCACAUUCCUCCUCUUUCGUUUUCUUCAUUGUCCUUAUCGUCCUCCGAGGCGCAAGUUUUCACCCCCAAAUCCCCCAAUUGGUUCAAACCCGCCUCCAAAAACAGCCCCAAAAUACAAUCCCUUAUGAAGAACUUGUCCGUUCUCGAACGGGCAGUCGUCGGCGCUGCUGGUGGCGCCAUGGCUGGCGCCUUCACUUACGUGUGUCUCCUUCCACUCGACACCAUUAAGACCAAGCUCCAGACAAAAGGGGCAUCGGAGAUUUACAAGAGUACAUUCGACGCUGUCGUCAAGACCUUUCAAUCCAGAGGUAUUCUAGGGUUUUACAGCGGCGUCUCUGCCGUAAUCGUCGGCUCGGCCGCUUCCUCGGCCGUUUAUUUCGGGACAUGUGAGUUUGGAAAAUCGAUUCUGUCGAAAUUUGAUUACCCAUCUCUGCUCAUUCCUCCGACCGCCGGGGCCAUGGGAAAUAUCAUCUCCUCGGCUAUAAUGGUGCCGAAGGAAUUAAUCACCCAGAGAAUGCAGAUUGGAGCUCAAGGAAGGUCUUGGCAGGUUUUGAUUCGGAUUCUGGAGAAAGAUGGUAUAAUGGGUCUUUAUGCUGGUUAUUUUGCCACAUUGCUAAGGAACUUACCAGCUGGGGUUUUGAGUUACUCUUCAUUUGAGUAUCUGAAAGCUGCAGUUCUGAGCAAGACAAACAGCAAUAAUCUUGAACCGAUUCAGAGUGUUUGCUGCGGGGCAUUGGCAGGUGCAAUUUCGGCUACUCUUACUACACCUCUUGAUGUGGUAAAGACACGGUUGAUGACUCAAGUUCAAGGGGAGGCUGUAAAUAAAGUUUCAGCUGCAAUGUACAGUGGAGUAUCUGCUACGAUCCAGCAAAUAUUGCAGGAGGAGGGGUGGAUUGGAUUAACCCGCGGCAUGGGGCCUCGAGUUCUUCACAGCGCCUGCUUUGCGGCGAUCGGGUACUUCGCUUUCGAGACAGCGAAACUUUCCAUCUUGCACCAUUAUCUUAGACAGAAGGAGGCUUCGGAGUUAACUGCUUCAGCUGCAACUUGAUCGAGUUAUAUAUCUCAGGAAUAAAUGUUUGAUGUCCUUCAGAGUUGAGACUGCUAAGAAAGCUUUGAAUCGACUUCUCGAAGGCAGCUGUGUGAGGUAGGAGUUAGGCGUUUUACGGCAAGACUUCUCCCAUGUGUGUCUAACUGAUGUUUCUUUUCAAUAUUGGCUUAAUUUUCACUUUCAAAUUUCGUUGGAAGUUUCAACUCUCAACUUCAAAUCUUGGUAGAUCAUAUUAUUUUUUUAUGUGUGUUCAUUUGCUGGGAGGUUGAACUGAUACAAAGGACAGUUUGGUUACAGAAUGUGUUUUUUGUUGGAUAAUAGUCUCUUGUUCUCUCUCUCCUGUAGUGUUUUAAGUUAUCUUCCAAGAAACUGAGAAUGAUGUUUCUAUGAUUUGGCCCUUCAAAAAUAAAAUCUUAGAUCCCACAAUUUGGUUUUAUCA